AUGAGAUUAAUAACGUUUCCUGGUCAGGGAACUCCAAUAUCCGUUCCCAUUCUCAGGUCCAUAAUCGAAUCUAAAUCGAAAGAGUUUGGGAAAAUACUAAGUAGGAAUGGUCCAAAGACUAACGAGCUUUUACAAUUCAUAUAUAAACAUCCGUCGAGUCCCGGGAGUAUUGCGGUUUGUUCGAAUUUAUUCUAUCAAUUAUAUGAUAUUCAAUUGAAUGAAACUUAUAAAGAAUUACAAUAUACUAAUCAUAUGAAAAAGGACACUCAGGAUUUGAUACUUUUGGGACAUUCUUUAGGGGAAUUAACAUGUUUAAGUAUUAAUCAAUUAUUCUCAAUUAGAGAUUUAUUCAAUAUUGCAAAUUAUCGUAACGAAUUAAUGGUGAAAUAUACAGAAAAAUACCUUGUUGCACAUAAGAUGAAUCAUUCUACAAAAUUUGAAAUGUGGGCUUUAUCUUCACCAAGAGCAGAUGACCUACCACAACAAGUAUUAUCACUGAUAAAUAAUAUAAGAAGUACAGCUCCAACAAUCUAUAUUGCCAAUGUUAAUUCUAUAAAACAAUGUGUCGUGACAGGUUUAGUGGAGGACCUUGAAAAAUUGAGAAUAGAAUCACAAACUAAAUUCCCACGACUGCGUGUCACUGAAUUAACCAAUCCAAAUAAUGUAGCAUUCCAUAAUAGUAACGUACUGAGACCCAUCCAAGAACCUUUAUACGAUUAUAUUUGGGAUAUAUUGAAGUUAAACCAAAAUCAUACUGCAACUAAAUUGAAUUAUCCAAUAAUAGGAAAUCUGGAUGGUAGAAUCUCUACUUUCGUACAUCAUGCAAUCGAAAGAUUUGUUAGAUGUAGCAGUAGUACUGUUAAGUUCACAGAAUGUUACGAUACGAUUAAUGAAGUCUUAGAGAUUAAAGAUGGUGCAGUGAAUAUGGGACCCAGUAAUGUGAUUUAUAAUUUGAUUAAAAGAAACUGUGAUUUAGAUUGUUAUGAAUUUUCAUCAUUAGAUACUGUAAAUAAAUUCCAAGAGACAGAUUUUCAAAGAUUGAAAGGAAUUAAGGAUAAUUUAGCGAAAGAAAGUGCUGAGAACGAAAUAUAA